AUGCUGUCAAAUAAUUAUCUACAAAGCUUCAAAAAUAAUAUUUCAGAAUAUUUCAGUGAUUAUGAAGAUUGUAAUAUAUCUUUGCCUCGUUUCAAACUUAUUAAAGAAUUUAGUAAAAAUGUAAAAAAUAUAUAAUCAUUUGUUCCUUUCAUUAGAGAAAGAGAUCAAAUGAAUCGUUUAGUGAGGAUUAAUUCAGAGAAAUAACGAUAUAAUACUGAUAAUUCUCGAUCUCCAACAAAUUAGCAUCAUACUCCUGAUGGUCAUUGGCAUUUCAAUAAACAUUAUAUAUUACCUGAAAAAAGAAAGAAACCAAAUUUAAAAUUUAAUUACUUAAUCAAAGUAGAACCUAAAAUUGAAUAGGCUUCUUAAAGAAUUUAAAGUAAACCUGAUUUAAUAGAGGAAACUAUUUAACCUAAGUAGUAAUAAGUGCAAAAAAUUUAAUUUUUUUAACGCAAUAAUCUUAAAAGCAAGACCAAAAAAUUCAUGAAUUUUAAUAACUAGAAUUUGUUAAAUGAUGAACCAAAGAAAUUUUAAAUUUAAGUUCCAACAGAUGUUUUAUAACCAUAUAUAAGUCAUGAAAUGGAGUAGAUGAAACAAGAUCUUUUUUUUAAAGUAGAUAUGGAUUAUCAUUUCCCAAGUGAUUUAACAGAUAAAUUAAUCUAAUAAAAAUAGUAAUUAUUAUAUAUUAUAUAGACAUAUUGAAAAAUUAAAAAAAAGAUUGAAGGAAUGGGGUGAAAUGAAAUCCCCUGAAGAUAUUUAAGAUUUAAAGGAGUAUGCCAAAUAUAUACUAUAGAAAAAUGCUUGA